CGGCAGACUCCUUGUGUGCAAAGUGCGGCGGGUCACUGUUCUCUGUACAAGGCGGUGGCCACUUUGUCACGGUUCCAGAGGUUGAUUCAAGUAGGCCUCCAAAGACAUAUCACAAUGAAUGCUUCAGGUGUUCCGUGUGCGAUAGAGCAUUCAAAGAGACUCAAGAUGGUCAGGCAUUGUUUGUUCGAGGAGAAGGAGGAGCGUGUCAUGCAGAGGUACGUCCCUUGAGAGACCGCCGCCGGACAAGGUUGUGACUAGCUCACGUAAAGUGUACACCCCCCGAGCACGUCUAUAGCCGCGCCGCAGCUAUAUUGAGUCCAGUCAAGCGACCAGCGCCUUUGGAAGCACUAACAAUCAAGAGCAGCACACCGCCCACGAGACGGUCGAUGCUUCCGAUAUCAAAGCCAACCUCGUCAUCAAGAUACGAAGCUCCUACCCCCACGGCACCGGUUACAUCUUCGCCGUUCCAGCGGUUUGGAACCUCUUCAGUCUGUGGGGGAUGUCACAAGUCUGUUUCUCCUAUGGAAAAAGACACAGUGCCCGGUCCUCAGGGAUCACGUUGGCAUUCAUCGUGCCUUGUUUGUGGUGGUAAAAGUGCUCGCCUGAAGCGUGAAAAGACGAGGCCCGGCUGUGCAAAACGAUUGGACAGCGCUGCUAAGAGGGACAGUGACGGUAACGUGUGGUGCCGGGAAUGUUUCUUACUCCUGCCAUCGGAUGUAAGAACCUAUCAAACGCAUCAUUCGCACUCAAAAUCCUUGGUCUCGUCUCCAAGCCGAUCUGCGAGCAUCUUCCCCCAGAACACGGGAACGACAACGAUCGCGCGACAGUUCACAGGGCGCGGACCGGAUCCGGGGGUGAUGAGACAGCUAACGGGAGAGAGCUCGAGCACGAGGCAACGCGCGAUGUCGAUCAGUCCUUCGAAGCAACUCGCUAAGACCAGGCCGCGUCCAAAGAGUGUUAUCGGCAUGCGGUCGAGCAGAGAGGAAGGACGAGGAAUGUUUCUGGUGAGGCAGAUGACCGGCGCGAGCUUUGGGGUGUGAAAGAUGCCCUAGUUGCUAAGUGGACCUUGUUCAAAAUUGCAUAGUGACGAAACGUUCUAGAGCGUAUCUUUGUAGGAAGAUCUGGGAAUUUGUGUCGGGACGAUCUGAUGAGCCAUGUGUACGACCAAUUAUGAAUGUUAUGUACUAGC